UCAUUAUAAUCUAGUGAAACAAGAGUUGUCCAAAAAUCCCAAUUUUAUGGCAUUUGGGUUGUGGUUAUUCACAGUCCUAUGUGUCGCCAUCGCUAUGGUCUUCGGGAUCGUUAGCUCUGUCUUCUCCAUCAUAAACACAGUUAUGACUCCUAUUGAAGUGAUUACUGGUAUUCAGGGAUUAUUCUUGUGGAACGGAUUAGCAGCGCUGUUCUGUCUGUGCGGAGGAAUCAGUUGGUUAUUGCAGUACAAGAACAGCCUUCGGAGGAAUGUGUUGACUCCCGACGAGCAGAACGACGGCUGGAACUCAGAGGGCAGAGCGUGGCUCGGCUUCAGCUACUUCUUUGUCAUCAUAGCUCUAGUAUUAUAUGUUUUAAACAUAGUUUUAGUCUAUUUAGCGAACCGUCCGGUGAAGAGUCGAGAGCCGCGGACCACAACCGAUAAGAACCCGGAAGGGGUUAUAAUGUUAUAUUAAGUGCCACUCAUUUACAAUCAUAUAAUAUAUAUAUUGAGUCUUUAUUUGAUAUUUGAACAAAGGUUGCCAUAAAAACACAAAACAUUGCAUUUUAUACAUUUUGUUAAAUAAUCAUUCCCUC